GGGCAGACAGCACCAGCAGAUGAACACGUUUUGGAGCCGGUGACGUCUGCUCCGGCAUCGCCGAGGGAAGAAAACAGGCGGCAGAGCGUGAGUCCGGCCCUGCGGAGCAGAGCUGGCUCCCGGCCGGCUCGGGCAUCGUGCCCGCCAUGCCUGACCCGGGCCGGCCGGUGGGGCCGCGGUGGGCCGGGGGGCUCUGCUGAGCCCCGGCCAUGGGGCCGUGGCGGUGGUCGCUGCUCUGGUGCUUACACGUGGCUCUGGUCCGCGGCACCGUCCUCGCGGGGGGCCGGAACUCGCAAGAAAGACCCCCGCGGCCGGCGGGAUGGUCCCCGGCCCCGUCAUCCUCCUGGGCACCCACGCCGGAGCCGGGAUCGUCGAGGGACCCCGAGGGCUCGGCGGCGGCGUUGGCUUUCCUGCAGACGGGCGAUGCGCAGAGGCUGGCCCGGGCCAACUGCAGCCGGGGCGUCGCGGCGGGGGCAGCCGGUCCCGGCCCCCCCCCGGCGCUACGUUCCGCCUUGCGUGCCGCCCCCGAGGCUCUGGCCCACGCGGCCAAUUUCCUCAACAUGCUCUUCCAGACCAACGACAUCCGCGAAGCCAGCGUGGCCGAGGACGUGGAGUGGUACCAGGCGCUGGUCCGCAGCCUGGCAGAGGGGCACCCGUGGGUGCGCCGGGCGGUCCUCGCCCUCGACGCCCACCCGCUGGCCGCCAAGCCCCGGCUGAUGCUGCAGGCUACCAAAGGGGACGGUGAGAUCCUGCUGCAGGACGUCUCCGCCACCGCUCCCAGCCUCGGAAACCUCAGCUGGGACAACGAGUGGUUCGACUCCUUCAAGUCCCAGCGGAACCCUCUCCUCCGCAAGCGGGUGCUCAGCAAUGACCUGCGCAGCAUGGAGACCCCCAAGUGGCAGCGGGGCGAUAGCUACGUGGGGGAGCCCAGCCACGUGCGGUGGUCCCCCCCGUUCCUCGAGUGCCGGGACGGCAGGUUCCUGCCCGCCUGGGCGGUCACGCUCUCCUCCGCUUUCUAUGGGCUCAAGCCAGACCUUAGCCCUGAGUUCAAGGGCGUCGUGCGGGUGGAUGUUGAGCUGCGGGACGUGACCAUCGACCAGUGCGCCAGCGGGCCGGGCUGGUUCACGGACACGCACCGCUGCGACCUCAACAGCACCCAGUGUGUCCCCCAGGAGAGCCGCGGCUUCGUCCUCGGGAGGUACUUGUGCCGGUGCAAGCCGGGCUUUUACGCGGCCGGCGGAGCUGCCAGCGGUGCCCGGGCAGGUGGCGCGGCGGGGGCGGACGGGGGGUCCCGGCUGGCGUGCCGGCCCUGCCGCCAGGGAUGCACCACCUGCGAGGACGACAUGCCCUGCCUGAUCCAGGAGGACCGGGCGCUGCGGGCAGCCAUCCUCUCCUGCCAAGCCUGCUGCAUGCUGGCCGUCUUCCUCAGCAUGCUCGUCUCCUACCACUUCAGACGGAGCAAGAGGAUCCGGGCGUCGGGAGUUGUCCUCUUGGAGAUGAUCCUCUUCGGGUCCCUCCUCCUCUACUUCCCCGUGUUCAUCCUGUACUUCAAGCCGAGCAUCUUCCGCUGCAUCGUCCUGCGCUGGGUGCGCACGCUCGGCUUCGCCAUCGUCUACGGCACCAUCACCCUCAAGCUGUACAGGGUGCUGAAGGUGUUCCUGUCCCGCACGGCCCAGCGGGUGCCCUACGUGUCGAGCCAGCGGGUGCUGAAGAUGCUGGGGCUGAUCCUGCUCCUGGUGCUGUGGUUCCUGGCAGCCUGGACCAUCGGGAUGCUGGAGAACGUCGACAAGAACAUCCCGCUGGUGAUCCGCACGCAGACCGCCCGCGGGCUCCACUUCUACAUCUGCGGCCACGACCGCUGGGACUACAUGAUGGUGAUCGCCGAAAUGCUGUUUCUGCUCUGGGGCAGCUUCCUGUGCUACGCCACGCGCACCGUGCCCUCCGCCUUCCACGAGCCCCGCUACAUGGGGAUCGCGCUCCACAACGAGCUCAUGAUCUCGGCCACCUUCCACGUGGUCAGGUUCAUCGUGGUCCCAUCGCUGCACCCCGACUGGACCCUGCUGCUCUUCUUCGCUCACACCCACAGCACCAUCACCAUGACCCUGGCGCUGGUCUUCAUCCCGAAGUUCCUGCACGCCGGCUCGCUGCUGCGGGAGGAGAUCGCGGCCGAGGUCUACGAGGACGAGCUGGACCUGCGGCGCUCGGGCUCCUGCUUGAACAGCAGCAUCGCGUCCGCCUGGAGCGAGCACAGUCUUGACCCCGAUGACAUUCGGGAGGAGCUGAAGAAGCUUUACUCCCAGCUGGAGGUGCACAAGAGGCGGAAGAUGGCAGCCAACAACCCCCACCUCCCCAAGAAGCGCAGCUCCCGCCGCAGCUUGGGCCGCUCCAUCGCGCGCCGCGUCGCCGAGCUGCCCGAGGCCGCGGCACGCCGCAGCAGCGGAGGGGAGCGGGUGGGCACCCCGGCACGCCGCGGUUCCUCGGCCAAGCGGCUCCCCGACGCCGGCGGUGCCAGCCUGCGGAUGCGGGAUGACGGUUCCCGGCGCCGUGCCGCAGCCCCGCGCAAGUCCCGCAGCACCGAGGGUCCUGCGCGGGAGUCCCGGGAAGGCUCGACCAUUCCCGGUCCCCCCAGGGAGCCCACGCCGGGGAGGAAGACGAUGGCGGCGACGACCUUGGAGCAAUCCGACAGCGAGUCCCUCGAUGCCGCCCCACUCGUGUGCAAGUCAGCCAGCGCCCACAACCUGGCGGGGCACGGGCAGCAGCCCCCCUCGCCCCGCGCAGCCCCUUUGCAGAAGUCGCUCAGCGUCGUCACCGGUGCACGGGAAGAGGCCCUGCUCGCCGCCAGCCGAGCUGCGCGGCAGGAGUGGUACGCCAACCGGCACCUCUCUGCCCCGUCCUCGGAGCACCCCCCGGGCCAGGGGGUCCCCAAGAAAGCCGAGAAGCCCCAAAUUCCCGGUGCGGCUGAUGCCCUCCUGCUAGCCAGCUCCAGCCCCGCCGAGGGAUGCCCCCAGAAGGACACGACCACCCCGGGCGAUGGCAAGGUGCAGAAGCAUGUCACCUAUGCGCCCAUCAAGGGCAUCAGCGUCGACAGCUCCCACCUCCCGGGGCGGGUGCGGGUGGCGGUGAGGAGGACCCCACCGCCACCCCCUGUCCGCUACCAGAGCCUGGGGCAGCACGCCGCACCGGCCGGUGACAGCCCGGAGCCAGCGGAGCUGCCGGUGGAUUCCCGGGCACGGGCAGGAGAGCCAGAGAGGACACCGGAGGGAUCUGCGGAGGAAAAGCUGGGGCGUGCGUCCCCCCCGGCGGGGAAGGGCAGGCUGCUGACCUCAGCCUCCAUCCCGGCACAGGUCUGCCCCUGGGAGCUGGUCCAGGAGGAGAUCCUGAGCCAGAAGCAAAAAGCUGCCGAAGCAGCAGACUCGGGGACCCCCGGUGACACAGCGGCCACCCCCUCCAGCCUCAAGCCAUUCUCCCAGAAGACCUCCCUCCGGGGCUUGGGGCUCGCCAUCAAAGCCUUCAAUCGCUCCAGGGGGAAAAGCAUCCUGAGGGGGAAGAGGGAGGGUGAGGGGAGCCUCAGGAAGAAGGGGCGCGAGUGGGAGGGGGGCAGCAGGAGGGAGAGGCCCAGCCUGGCAGAGAUGUCAGUUGUGUCCCUCGGGGGGAUUAGCCGAGACCCUGCUGCCAAAAGCCCCGAAUGGAGCAGGCAGAGGCCCGGCAGCGAGCCCACCGCCCGCCCGUGGCAGGGGGACGCGGUCCCCUGCCAGCACAACAACAAUGCCGGCACCACCUGGGAAGCUGCAGGCUGGGGGGACAGUGGGACAGAAGGACAGUGGGACAGCCCAGCUCCGGGGACAGGCGGUGGUGAGAAUCUGGCAGAGAAGCCCAGCGCUCUCCAGGGGGAUGGAGAUGCUGGUGGGGGCCCAGAGCCACCCUCAGGGGGGCACAAAGUCCCACUCGGUGUUGGCCGCCAAGAAGGAGCCGAACAUCCCCAGGAAACCCUGGCGGUGGCCGGCAGUGGGAAAACACAGAUAUGUCCCCAGCCAGGGGCCAAGGUUCCCGUGGCAGAGCCGGGAAAGGAUGCUCCUGCAGCCAUCGUGAGGUUGAUCGCACCAAAGGAACGGGGGGCCAGGCCAGCUGAAGGGCUUGAGGAGAGCAGCAGGUCCCUCCAUCCCCAGGACCGCACAGAGGUGGAGCAGCCACACGCAAAACCCAUCGCGAACAGCCCCCACCCGUCCACCACCGGUGUGCAGAGAGCGGCCGCUGAGAAGUUGAGGGCUGAGGUUUGUUCCCGGGAAGCCCCGGGCAUCCCAGCUGGAAAAGGAGCCUUGCUGCGUCAGGAGGCAGUUGCAUCCCAGGAGGAGAGAGGGGUCCCAAAGGGCGAGGAGAGCCCAGCCAAGGUGCUGGAGAAGGGGAGCAGCCAGCCUGAGCCCCUCAGUCCCGGGGGGAGCUGGGGCACUGAGAGGGUCCCCCCAAGGAGCCGGAGCACAGAAUUGGCCCCGGCUGCAGUAGGGAAAGCCAGCAGGGCAGCGGGCAGGCAGGCAGAGGUCGGUCCUGGGGAAACUCAGGCAGAUUCCAGGAUUAGAAUAGAAAUCUGCCCCUGGGAAGCGAGCGGGGGUGAGCACUGGGGGCCGGCCAGAGCCCCGGGGAAGGGCAGCAGUGAGGUGGAUGCUGGCCACCCCAGGGAAGAGCUGGGCAUAGAGAAACCACUAGCAAAAAGCCCAGAGCUGCUGAAGGUGGCUUUGGAGAAGUCAAGCAGUGUGGAGGGCAAGAGGGCUGAGGUUUGUCCGUGGGAGACCGGGGACGGGGGAAGGACUGUCAGAGCAGAAAUCUGCCCCUGGGACGUGGAGGGGGCUCAGCUGGAGAAAGAGAGGCAGGAAGGAGAGAGCAUCAGACCAAAAUCACUGGGUUUGCUGAGAGCACAGGAGAGCCGGAGCAGCCUGCAAGUGCCCAGCCAGCCCUGGGGCAGCACCAGCAGCGAAGAACCCCCAUCGAAACCUGCUCCCAAAAGCUCUGAGCUUUGCUUAGAAGGAACAGCCUUAUCCGAUGCAGGAAAAUUAGAUGAUGGUAAAAUUUCCCAAAUGAAGAAAGGGAUUUCCCCGCAGAGACUGGCCCUGAGGGGCACGGGAGAGACAGCUCUGGCUGCAGACAAGGGGAGCAGCCAGCGGGGAUCUUCCCACCCCGGGGAAGGUGUGGAGCAGCCUGGCACAGGGCUCACAGCAAAACGCCCAGCUCUGCCCAAAACAUCAGUGAAGCAAGCAGGAACCAUUGACAGCAAAAAGGCCAACAUUUGUCCAUGGGAAGUGGAAGAUGAGCCUCUUGCUAAAACAGAAAUCUGCCCUUGGGAAGAGCCCCCAGCUCCACUGGGGAAAGAGAGACCGAGUCAGGACACACAUGAGACUUCCAAAGGGAAAAACAAACCAGGAUCUGGAGGACUUGAAGAUAUCAAAGCAAAACUGGCAGAGAUGGGUGGCCACAGGUCAGAGCACAGGGACACCGGGAUCUUUGCAAAGCUUAUUAGGAAAAGCCUGGAGAAUUCAAAAGCUGAGUCCAAGAAAUCCCAGAGUGUGGAGAGCAUAAAGGAGGAGGUCUGUCCCUGGGAGAGCUUGGGCACAGAGCAGCUCCCAGAAAAACCCCGCGCUGGGAGCCCAGCGCUGCCCAAAUCGCCUUCAAAGAAAUCCCAGAGCGUGGAGAGCCUGAAGGCAGAGGUCUGUCCUUGGGAGGCUCAGGAGCUUGAAGCCACUGAUAAAGCAGAAAUCUGUCCCUGGGAGGCGGCUGCUCCACCAAGUACAGAGAAAUUAAGACAGGACAAAGAUGCUCUGUCCACAGCGAGCAAAAGCCCUUCUACAAGGCAAGGUCUCUGCAAAGAGAUUGGAGACAGCACGUCUGGAAAGAAGGAGAAAGCAAGCAGGGACCGUGAGUCUAUCUGUCCCUGGGAGACCCUGGGCACGGAGCAGCUCCCAGCAAAAUCCCACGCCGGGAGCCCAGCGCUGCCCAAAUCACCUUCAAAGAAAUCCCAGAGUGUGGAGAGCCUGAAGGCAGAGGUCUGUCCUUGGGAGGCUCAGGAGCUUGAAGCCACUGAUAAAGCAGAAAUCUGCCCCUGGGAGACGGCUGCUCCACCAUUAAGUAAAGAGAAAUUAAGACAGGACAAAGAUGCUCUGUCCACAGCGAGCAAAAGCCCUUCUACAAGGCAAGGUCUCUGCAAAGAGAUUGGAGACAGCACGUCUGGAAAGAAGGAGAAAGCAAGCAGGGACCGUGAGUCUAUCUGUCCCUGGGAGACCCUAGGCACAGAGCAGCUUGCAGAAAAAUCCCGCGCUGGGAUCCCAGCGCUGCCCAAAUCGCCUUCAAAGAAAUCCCAGAGCAUGGAGAGCCUGAAGGCAGAGGUCUGUCCUUGGGAGGCUCAGGAGCUUGAAGCCACUGAUAAAGCAGAAAUCUGCCCCUGGGAGGCGGCUGCACCUCUCCCCGAUCAAGCAAAGGCAAAGCUGGGUGCUGGGGGGGGUUCAAAGGGGGACAGGCGCAUCACGCGCCAGGCAGCGCUUGCCAGCCCGGUGAGAUCCCUGGAGAAGGGCAGCAGCGAGCGAGAGGCCGUGUGUCCCUGGGAGAGCUUGGGCACGGAGCAGCCCCCAGAAAAACCCCGCGCCGGGAGCCCAGCGCUGCCCAAAUCGCCUUCAAAGAAAUCCCAGAGCCUGGAGAGCCUGAAGGCAGAGGUCUGUCCUUGGGAGGCUCAGGAGGUUGAAGCCACUGAUAAAGCAGAAAUCUGCCCCUGGGAGGCAGCUGCUCCACCAUUAAGUAAAGAGAAAUCAAGACAGGACAAAGAUGCUCUGUCCACAGCGAGCAAAAGCCCUUCUACAAGUCAUGGUCUCUUUAAAGACAUUGUAGACAGCACGUCUGGAAAGAAGGAGAAAGCAAGCAGGGACCGUGAGUCCAUCUGUCCCUGGGAGACCCUGGGCACGGAGCAGCUCCCAGAAAAAUCCCGCACUGGGAGCCCAGCGCUGCCCAAAUCGCCUUCAAAGAAAUCCCAGAGCGUGGAGAGCCUGAAGGCAGAGGUCUGUCCUUGGGAGGCUCAGGAGCUUGAAGCCACUGAUAAAGCAGAAAUCUGCCCCUGGGAGACGGCUGCUCCACCAUUAAGUAAAGAGAAAUUAAGACAGGACAAAGAUGCUCUGUCCACAGCGAGCAAAAGCCCUCCUAGAAGUCAUGGUCUCUUGAAAGAGAUUGGAGACAGCACAUCUGGAAAGGAGGAGAAAGCAAGCAGGGACCAUGAGUCCAUUUGUCCCUGGGAGACCCUGGGCACGGAGCAGCUCCCAGCAAAAUCCCAUGCCGGGAGCCCAGCGCUGCCCAAAUCACCUUCAAAGAAAUCCCAGAGCGUGGAGAGCCUGAAGGCAGAGGUCUGUCCUUGGGAGGCUCAGGAGCUUGAAGCCACUGAUAAAGCAGAAAUCUGCCCCUGGGAGACGGCUGCUCCACCAUUAAGUAAAGAGAAAUUAAGACAGGACAAAGAUGCUCUGUCCACAGCGAGCAAAAGCCCUCCUAGAAGUCAUGGUCUCUUGAAAGAGAUUGUAGACAGCACGUCUGGAAAGAAGGAGAAAGCAAGCAGGGACCGUGAGUCUAUCUGUCCCUGGGAGACCCUGGGCACAGAGCAGCUCCCAGAAAAAUCCCGCGCUGGGAUCCCGGCGCUGCCCAAAUCGCCUUCAAAGAAAUCCCAGAGCGUGGAGAGCCUGAAGGCAGAGGUCUGUCCUUGGGAGGCUCAGGAGCUUGAAGCCACUGAUAAAGCAGAAAUCUGUCCCUGGGAGGCGGCUGCUCCACCAUUAAGUAAAGAGAAAUUAAGACAGGACAAAGAUGCUCUGUCCACAGCAAGCAAAAGCCCUUCUACAAGUCAUGGUCUCUUGAAAGAGAUUGGAGACAGCACGUCUGGAAAGAAGGAGAAAGCAAGCAGGGACCGUGAGUCUAUCUGUCCCUGGGAGACCCUGGGCACGGAGCAGCUCCCAGCAAAAUCCCGCGCUGGGAGCCCAGCGCUGCCCAAUUCACCUUCAAAGAAAUCCCAGAGCGUGGAGAGCCUGAAGGCAGAGGUCUGUCCUUGGGAGGCUCAGGAGCUUGAAGCCACUGAUAAAGCAGAAAUCUGCCCCUGGGAGACGGCUGCUCCACCAUUAAGUAAAGAGAAAUUAAGACAGGACAAAGAUGCUCUGUCCACAGCGAGCAAAAGCCCUUCUACAAGGCAAGGUCUCUGCAAAGAGAUUGGAGACAGCACGUCUGGAAAGAAGGAGAAAGCAAGCAGGGACCGUGAGUCUAUCUGUCCCUGGGAGAGCUUGGGCACAGAGCAGCUACCAGAAAAACCCCGUGCCAGGAGCCCAGUGCUGCCCAAAUCGCCUUCAAAGAAAUCCCAGAGCAUGGAGAGCCUGAAGGCAGAGGUCUGUCCUUGGGAGCUUGAAGCCACUGAUAAAGCAGAAAUCUGCCCCUGGGAGGUGGCUGCACCUCUGCUGGAAAAAGGAGCAGCCCCGGGUAAGACAAACCUCCCACCAAAAAAAGCAGGUGCCUCCAAACCACCAGAGAAGUGGAGCAGUGAGUGCGAGGCCAUCUGCCCCUGGGAGAGCCUGGGCACAGAGGAGCUCUCCCUGAAAACCACUACAGGGAAAGAGCCAUCCAAGAAGUCCGACAGCACAGAGAGCAGGAAAUCUGAUAUUUGCCCCUGGGAAGCGGUAGAGCCCACCGGCUCACAGAAGGGAAGCUUCAAACCCAGCGUCCACCCACAGGGAGCUGACAGAGCAUCCCCCAUUGGGAUGGGAAAGUCAAAGCUGGUGGCAGGAGCCGGCACCGUGUCUGCAACAGUCCUGCUGAAAAAAUCCAAGGGCAGAUCUGACGGCGAGGCUGAGCACAAGCCCCUGUGCCGCAUCCUGCCAGGCAUCCAGCCCCCACGGAGCCCCAGGGCAGAGCCACUGCCUCGGGGAGCGAGCACGGCUCCCACAGCAGGCAGCAGCCCCAGCCCAGACGCUAGCGUAGCUGAAGUUUGUCCCUGGGAAACAGAAGAGGCUCUGCCAGCAUCUGACAAGACCAACACAGACACGAGGAAAACCGCCGAGGUGUGUCCAUGGGAGGUGGAGAGCAUGGAUCCCACCCCGACCCUCCACGGGCAGGGCAGAGCUGGGACGAGCCCCCAAGAUGGAGACAGGGGUGUGAGUGAAACCAAAACCGAUGUCUGCCCAUGGGACCACGAAUAGCUCCCUCCGUCCAGCCACCAGCCAGGUACAGACACAGCUUUCAUGAACAGAAAGUCUCGAGCUGAAAGCUGCUGCCUACCUGCACAGCCUGGACAGGGACAGAAGUGUCCACCAAAGCCAACAGCAUGGCCACACUCCCAGCAGGCUCCAGUGGUGGCCAUCAACCAGCCAGGCUUGGGGACCAACGCAGCAAGGGGACAAUUAACAUCUGCCUUCAUCAAAGCACUCAAGCCAGGCAGUAGCCAACAAACGCCACCCGUCAUUUACCCACAGGUACUUGGUCCAAGCAGAGCACCCGAAUACAUUAAAAGACCCAUGCUGCCAGCCUCGCUCGCUUCCACCAACACAGCAGACACAAAGCUGCAGCUUGCUAGCUACAGACGCUCACCCACAAGCUCUCCAGUUGAAUGUCCUCCUGCCACGCUGGGAGGUUUGUGCCCUCCAGCACAUCGAGGAACGGCGCGCCCGGCACCCUGAAAUAUGCAGUCCCGCAGCCUCAGCAAGCUGGACACUGAAACAAGGGGAGAGUCAAACUAAGGGCAGCAACAAUGCGAUUGGGAGGAAAACAGCUUUCCAGAGUUCCUGCAGCCCAUCUGAUCUCCCCCAGCGCUGCUGUCAUCUCCAUUUUAAGCCAGGGUGGUUUCUGUAAGCACGGCUAGGACCAGGCAGGUUCCGAAGGCCUGGGAUAAAGAGCCGUUGCUCCCAGCCAGCCCCACGACACAUUUUGCUUCCUUGAUACAAAGUCAUUUAUUUUUAAAUGUCCUCUGAAGUCACUGAGCCAGCUACAGGACUUCCACAUACGCAAAGCAAACCCUUCUGCUCCCUUUCAGUCCAGCAAUGCCAGCCCAGUGCUUGAACACUGCGCUUUGGCGAUGCCCACCACCAUCUCUGUUCCAUCACCUGACCUGGGUGGGAUAAACCAACCUUCAGGCCACUCCACUGCUCUGCUUUUAGAAACCUCCACAUCCACAAAGGCUGAGAUAGGUAUUCCUGCUACUAACCUCCUCACUGACUAACUUCACGGCGCUGCUACACUGCUAACUCUUGCAGCAACUCAGCUGUAAAGGUGUUUGUCUUAACUAACAAUGCCACUAACUUUUCAAAGCACUUUGUUGUUAUUCGUUUCUUCUUCACUCGUACCGUGUGUGCAUGUGUGUCUGUUCAGCACGUGUGCAAACAUGCCCAGGGCUCACCUUCCCAUCACAGGAGAGGUUUUUCCAACACUUCCACUGGCACUAGCAAACCUCCACUUUUACAGCCCAUCUGUAGAAGCGCUGGAUGCCUUUUGUCAUCCCACAUGUCUACUUCUCCCUGUAUUUUCAAGACCCAUUCCUUUGGGGCAGAGAUGCAAACAGACUCCUGUAUGACAGAGAAGAUGCUGAGACCGCAGAGGCACUACGAUCUCCAGAGCAUCGGACAGGGGUCCUGGUUUGCCAUUACUCCAGCCCACCCACUCGCAAAUGCACAAGGGAAGGGAAGCGGCCAUAAGCAUGGGGAGAAGCGUCAGGGUCAGGAAGGCAGCACCUGGGAAACAAAGCCUCCAGUCUCCCCUGGUUUGUCCCUCGCUCCGCUUAGAUGGAAGCAAAUAAAAACAGCGACAGCAGAAGUGAAGGUUUUGGUUCUCCCUCUGAUCUCCACGCAAGGCCUGGGCUCAGGGCUCAUCCUGCUGUUACUUUGUCGUUUACUUCCACUCUCCUCAAAAAGUGGCGUUGCUGUAGUGUGCUGUCAGUGGUCUUCAGUGCUGAAUGUCAAACAAUCAUCCAAUUGUGUAAGGAAGUGUACAUACAGAAAAUAAAAAGUAUUAUCUACAGAGUG